UUUCUUUCAGUUCCUGGAAGUGUAUAUUCAGCGCAGUAUCAAGAACAUCAUUCUCUCAGUUUUCGUGCUAAAGUAUUAUUAUUUGUGAUGGCAUGCGAAGAAAAUGAUUCGGCUGCGUUGUCAGAGCAUAUCUCAUCUCUAAAUUGUGAUGAUAGCGGAUCAUGUUCCAAGGAAAUCGGCGAAUCGUCUGCUGUCGAAGAGUCUGAAGAUCCAGAGAAUUGCAACUCAGCUGACAGUACAGAUGACAAUCAGAAGAUUCAUACAGAGGAAGCAUGCGCAACUGAAAUAGACAAGGAUAAUGAAGAAACCUCGUCUAGUGUAAAAGAUAAAACUACUAUUAGAGCUGAUUCAACCAAAGAUACUGAUCAAGAUUUUUCUGGAUCCAGCUCCCAAGGGAUAGGGGAGUUAAAUGGUGAAGAUUUAUCAUAUGCGUCUGUAAUUUUUUCGACUUUUACUUCUGGAAUUCCAAAUGAAGAAGAAAAUGAUGAAGACGAAUGA